AUGAGACGAACGCUGCAAGGUCUCCAAAACCCUGGUGUUCAAAUAGCCUUUGAAGAAGACCUUGUCGAUCCGGAAUAUGCGGAUGACAUCGUUCUCAUGUUCGAAGAGGAGGAGAAGGUGCAAGUAUUCUUGGAUGAACUGACCAAAGUCAUCCCGUCCUUUGUUAUGGGCGUUCGUGGUCUAUGGAGCAUUCUCGCACCUAUACAAGAACACCGACCGUUGGCCGAGCUUGGUGGUGAAACUGUGGCAGUUGAUUUGAGUAUUUGGACCUGUGGGGAUGUAUCGAUUAAGCACAAUAUGUCGGUCUCGACGAAACUAUACCUGAGGUUAUAUUUUGUUUCGUCUACCCCUAUUAGGCGAUACAACAUUGGACUGUCGAUUGAUCCUGCGGUGCUGGUGAAACGGCGGCGCCUUUCGAAAAUCUCCGGAGAGUGUCGUACUCUGCUCCAAGCCUUGGGUGUUCCCUGUGUACAAAGUCCUGGCGAAGCCGAAGCAAUGUGUGCUUUGCUAAACUCUUCUAAAGAUCCCAGCGUAUACGUUUAUCGGUCCAGUCGUAUCCAUAAAGAGUUAUCCAUGGACCGAUUCUUGUUGGUGUUUCUGGGAAUCAUUCUUGGCUGUGACUACUGGCCCACGGGAACCGUAGGGAUUGGCCAAGCUGGAAUACAACGUGUCGUGAGCUCUCUGAGGUGCUUGAAUUCGGAAAAGUUACGUGACCUCUUGAACUGCAUAAAAACUGGGAGACAAGUUGGUCAGACAGAAGUUGUCGAAGCCCAUUCAUUUCUUCGUAACCUGGACCCUAAAUUGCUCCGAUUGUGGACGAAGAUCAUCGAUACUUUUCAACAGUGCCCCGUGGAUGAGAUUAUGGUCGAAUUUCUCGCCAGUGCUGAAGAGCGAAUGUGGUCACUCCCGUCAUCUGAGUUUGUGUCUACAUGGUUGCGACCGAACCCAAGGGCACUUGUUGCCUUCUGUUCCGCCCAGUUGGACUGGGAUCCCGAUUACAGUCUGCAUCACCUCUUACCAGUGCUUGCCAUGUGGGAUAUGCGUCACCCCCGGUUGGAGGCUUCGAUUCCCAUGACACAAUCAAUAGACGAUGCUGUAACACUUAUUCCCAGGAAAGUGGUGAAGCGGCGCACGGUGAACUUCGUCCCCUGCUUCGAAGUGGAAUGGAAUCGGAUGGGCCGUUCCGUAAAUCUCGCUCAGUCUGAUAACAAAGAACACAAUAUGGAACUUACCGAGGUCUACACUUUCCCCGUUCCUGCUGUCGAAUUCCAGCAGUCCUAUCCAUAUCUUGUCGAACGUUUCAACUCCGAGUCAGCUAAAGUCUCGCGGAAGAAGCCAACAAAAGUCACAUCAAAGUCUGAUCCAACCGCGUCAGAGCAGGCUAGUCUGACUGAUCUAUUCCGGCGGUUAAAUUUGAUCACAAAGCCAUUAGAGCCGAAGCCACCUCCCAUAUGGGAUUCGAGCUCAGAGGCUGAGGAUGAAUUCCCAAGUGCUAUGGGCGCAUCGCCACCAUCACCUGAUAAAUCUGUAUCCGAUCAUGAUGUUGCUGCACACCUGGCGCAUGCAUUUCAUCUCCCAUCAUCACCACGCGAUCUCCAAACAGAGUUUGAUUGUCCAAACUAUGAAUUGAACCUGAAAAGUUCACUUUUAUCCAACACUUUAUUGCUUUCACCCAAGUCCCUCAGGGAACCCUCCCAGUCCAUGUCCGCUUCGACGCAUGACUCAUUCUCUUUCUUCCGAACCCCGGAAUGUCUCAGGGACCGCCUGACGAAAAUUGAAUGAAUCAUUUCCCCAUAAUUUGCUUCUCAGAACCAUAUUUUACCACACUCAGAUUUCGGAAAUCCCAGAUGCC